UUCCACACCCUGCAGGGGUGGAGCCUGAGCGAGGAGCCCGAGAGAAGCCCUCUCUCCCCGGAUGACGAGGGGCAGGAUAACAUGGAGUCCGGCAAGAUGGCGCCUCCUAAGAACGCUCCGAGAGAUGCCUUGGUGAUGGCACAAAUCCUGAAGGAUAUGGGAAUUACGGAGUAUGAACCAAGGGUUAUAAAUCAAAUGUUGGAAUUUGCUUUCCGAUAUGUGACUACAAUUCUGGAUGAUGCAAAAAUUUAUUCAAGCCAUGCUAAGAAACCUAAUGUUGAUGCAGAUGAUGUGAGACUGGCAAUCCAGUGUCGGGCUGAUCAAUCUUUUACUUCUCCUCCUCCAAGAGAUUUUUUACUCGAUAUUGCAAGGCAGAAAAAUCAAACCCCUUUACCACUGAUUAAGCCAUAUGCAGGACCCAGACUGCCACCUGACAGGUACUGCUUAACAGCUCCAAACUACAGGCUGAAGUCCUUAAUUAAAAAGGGACCUAACCAGGGAAGACUAGUACCGCGGUUAAGUGUUGGUGCUGUUAGUAGCAGACCUUCCACUCCUACUGUAGCAACCCCGCAAACAGCGUCUGUCCCAAAUAAAGCCGUACCUCCAGUGUCAGUGACAAGCCAAAGAUAUACAGUGCAGAUUCCACCCUCUCAGUCCACACCUGUCAAAUCAGUUCCUGCAACAACUGCAGUUCAGAAUGUUCUGAUUAAUCCUUCAAUAAUUGGGCCCAAAAAUAUUCUUAUUACCAACAUGGUUUCAUCACAGAACAUGCCCAAUGAAUCAAACCCAUUGAAGAGAAAACAUGAAGAUGAUGAUGAUAAUGAUACUAUGUAGAGAGUACAAUCAAGAUAUAUUUCAGAAGUGUAAUUGGUUUGGAGCCCACUGUACUGAACUAGAGUAUUCUCUACCUUCUCAAGUUUUAUCUUAGAAAACUUAAAUGUAGAUUUAUUUUUCCUAUUAGCUUAAACUGUUUUUUUAAAUUGUUAGAUAUCUUAGGUAAUCAUACCAGUGUUUUCUCAUUAGGACUCAAGUAAAAAAAAAUUGUUUCUUAGUAUUUUGAUUAAUGUUUGAUUGUUUUCAGUUUCUACAGCCUGAUCAGUGGACUAGUCUUUUAACAGCAUAAUUUCUAAUACACAUUUAAAUACUACUUUCUCUUAUAGGGUAAAAUAGUCAUAAUUUUUGUUUUCACCAACUUUUUUGACUGAAAAAAAUUUUUUUUUUUUGGAAAGGAUGGAUUUUGAAGGGGUUUUAUAUUCAUUUGGAGUAUUUGUUUCUUGGUGUUCCCUAACCUCCCAUGUCCUCAACCCCAUUUCUAGAUCCCAUUCAUUUUCUGUACCACCUCUUCCCCAGAGGCUUAAGUUUCUCCCAAUACUCUCAGAAGGCUAAAACUGGAGUUUUAAAAGUGUAAUUUCAGAUGGUACAGUUAUACAGCUCAGUGUCAUUUUCCUAUUUUUAAAACCUGCUUUACAUGCCUUUACUGUUUUUCUCUUUAUACCAGAGGAGUUGAGUUUUAUCCAUUGCCUUUUAUGCUGAGCUUUACUCUGCCUUUAACACGUAGUUUGGGGUCAGUUACGGUUUAUCUUAUAUUCCAAGUCUGUAAUUCUAUUUCAUGUUUCUAAAGUUAACAUUUCUGAAUUUAGCAAAGAUGAUGCUAUAGCUUAAAAUCUGCCUUGAUAAGUAUAAUUACACUGGACCUAGGCAAAAACCACUGAAGAGCAAGUUUUUUUCUUCCUUUCUACCACAUACAUAUAUGCUACGAUCACUACUACUUGAACCCUUCUAUUGGUAUAAUUCAUUUUUCUAGCUUGUUGCUGAGGAUAUCAUAUAUGAGAUGGGAGCAGAUCUGAAAGUUCUAUAAUGGUUUUCCUUCCUCUAGAAGGCCAACAACAAAAACAAGUCAAUAUAAUGUGACCUGCACUUAGGUGUGCUAUGCGUAGGCUUCACAGUAAUGUUGCUAAAUACCUUUCCCUAUUUUCCAUGUGUACACAUAUAAACAUCUUAGUGGGAAAGACUACAAAGCUUUCAAAAAUAUAAACAGGGUUCUUGGUUUUUUUUUUUUUUUUUUUUAAAGAUUUUAUUUAUUUAUUUGACAGAGAGAAAUUACAAGUACACUGAGAGGCAGGCAGAGAGAGAGAGAGAGAAGGAAGCAGGCUCCCUGCUGAGCAGAGCCCGAUGCGGGACUCGAUCCCAGGGCCCUGAGAUCAUGACCUGAGCCGAAGGCAGCGGCUUAACACACUGAGCCACCCAGGCGCCCCAAACAGGGUUCUUGUUUUUAAGUAAGUUUGACAUUCAAUAUAGGAAAUUACUUUUGCAGAAUUUUCUAAAAAAAUUUUCAUAUCAUAUCGCAAUUUAGAACUUACAGCCAAGGAUCCUCAAAACUUAAAACACCAAGAAUGUUUCAUACUGGAAUGGUGCUUGACACACUGAAAGAGUCCAGUGACAGAAAACACAUGUCAUAUCACAGUUUGAGUUUUUUUGGAUAGUAGGAAAAAGGUGUUAUCAAACUUACAAAAACAGAUCUUAUCAUCAUAGGAGAAAAAUAUUCAUUAUAUAGCAUAGAGUAUCAUUACUUGAAUGUUCUCAGGGAAGCAGCAUGUCAAAAAGCCUAGGUUCUACUCCUGGCUCCAUCAUUUACCAACUGUGUGACCUUACUUCACCUCUGAGCCUCGUUCUCAAUAAUAGGGAAACAACACUGACCUUGCCUACCUCACAGGGAUGUUGUGAGGUUUUAAUUGGUAUAUGUGAAAAUUCCCUUCAGAACUGUAAAGUGGUUUGUAACUCUAAGAAAUUGUUAAUGUAUUUGUUCUGAGAUUAUUAAUAAAAAGUUGAACUUA